ACUGUAAUUGCUACUGCUGCACCCAACAAUGGCGAGUCAAAACCAAGUUUUCAUUAAGCACUCGGUUACAGAGUCUGUUAACGAGUUUACACUAGUAGAGUAUGGUGUAACACCGUGGUCCCAGUUUGGUGUUUCAAAUGUGCCAUACCAAAAAGCAAGAAAUUUCAUGCCCAACUUCCUCUCCCGUUUUUCCUCCCUCAGGCUCCCGGCCCCAAAGUAUGGCAAUUGAUUUCCCCACGCUACUAUCUCCCCUCUGGAUAAUCCUUUUGCUGCCAAACCGGAAACUCCUUUCACCACUGCAGUUUGGCAUAUACAAAGGCAAACCUCGGAACGGCGUUGUUCUUUUAGAUUUUACUGCUCUCUUUUGCCGAAACAACUUCUCUCAAAUUACCCUCAAGUUCUCUUCUCAGUUCCCUCGCAUUUACUCGCAUUACUUGCAGAUCGCUGCAAAGUGUGUUACCUUCAUUCAAAUCCGGGAGUUCUGCAGAAUGCC